AUGACUUCCGCCAAGUCGCAGAAGCUCGAGGAUCAAGCCGCGACGGCCGCUUUAUAUGUAACAAAAGGCAAAGACAACAAGUCGCAAACAAAGCCGAGCAACUAUCCCCUGGAUGAACACAACAAACUCUCGGCUGCUAGUGCGGCAACAUCAUUGAAGCAUGCAGACCCGAAAGAUUUACCGGCGUUUCCUGUUGUAGGCCUCGCCCACCCGGAAUCCUCAGCAGGAGCCGCCGCAAGUCUAGCAAACAAAGACCAUAAAUCCUUCGAGUACUGGAAGCCGGGAGACAUACCAGCUGCCAACAAGGCAGCAAUGCUAGCCAAGGACUACAAAGCUGCUCCGUUGUGGCAUCCAGAGCUGAGUGCCGCCGGCUCAAAAGCCGCGCUUCUCGCUCAAAGGGAGGGAGGAGACGUCAAGAUCUGGAGACCCUCGCCAACUGAGGCUGGAAACUCAGCAGCAGGUCAAGCGAUGCGCAUGAAAGGCUUGAGUCCUCAACUCGACUAUGGUCAUACUGAGGAAGGUGGCAGGAGAGCAAUGAUGGCGGCAACUCAAUCGAUGGCUAGCGGAAGAAAACGAGCUGGUUCUACGCCGAUCGAACCAAGCUUAUACCCAGAUUCGAAGAAUUCUGCGACAAAUGCGCUAAAGGCAGCCACAUCUGUUUCAAGAGCUGCUGGGAGAAGUCAGCCCGCACCACGUGCCCCAGCUGGCUCCACAAUCAAUGCCGCCAAGAUACACAAUGCAGCUAUCACCAACCUUUCACGCGAGAUGUACACGUCCCAUCCCCCAGUUGCGCCGGAGGUGGAAGAGAAGAAUAGACAAGCCGGCCUGCGCGCUGCAGCAAUCUCAAUGGCAAAACAGAUGUAUGAUGUUCAACAGAAAGCUAUCGAGGCAGCGGCGGAGACCCGGCGAUCUGAUAGCUCAUAUGCUGCUACCAGCGUGCACAAUCGUCCAGCCUCGGCUACACCAGAGGAACCGCAUAACCCCCCGCAGUAUGCCAACCUGCAGGAAGCGGCGCAGAAACUAGCAGCUGAGCGCCUCGCUAAGCUCCAUGAUGAGCACGCAGCGUACAGGACAUAUUAUGGAACACAAGCUGCACCCCAGACCCACAAGCUGUCAAUACGAGGUCGGGCUCGAAGGCGCGCAUCCAGCGAUGGCCAGGCAGAUGACGAAGAGCGCUCCCAACAGAUCAGGUCCGAAAUGUCUCUGUUCACGGACAAACUAGCCCAGGUGGAUGCAAAAAAGCGGCAAAAGGAUAGGGAUUCGCUCUUGGCUGCCGCUCAAAGAAAUGUCAGAGCAAGCAUGCAUGGCAUGGAUGAAAAGGUCUUCAACGAUACUGGUAAAGUUUCCCCAGCAAUGAUGGAGGACUGGGAAGAGAAGGCCAAGGCCAAGGCAAAAGCUGAAAGCUCCGCAAGAAUGGUCAAUCAUGGCAAGGUCAACAUAGGUGGUGGCAGGUACAUGGACCAGUCGGAGAUUGAUGCGAUCGCCGCCGCCAGAGUCCAGCCUACACUUGAUGAGGUCACCGCAACCGCCGAGAAGCACCGCGCAAGAGACGAAGAACUUCGCCAGCAACAACUUGAGCGUGAACGGCUAGCUGCGGAGAAGAAUCAGGACCAGAAGGAGCGUGAUGCAAAGACCAAAGAGGAUUGGAGGCGCUUCAAGGAGGAAGAAAAGCGAGAAGCUAGGGCUAGAAAGGAAGAGGAGAGAGCAAAGAAAUUUGAAGAAAGGCGCCUUCGCGAGGCGGAGAAGCAGGAGAAGCGUAGAGUCAAGGAGACAAAGGUCGUCUCGGAAGUUCCAGUGGUGGUUGCGAACGAGGAGCCCAAGGAAGAGGCCGAGGAGGCCGAUUCCGAAGCUGUGGUUGCUGGACCAGAACCACCAGUGCUCGACCCUAUCCCUGCGACCACGCCUUUUGCUACCGAUGAUUCAAAGCCUGAGACUCUUCCAAGCGACGAAGAGAGGAUCGAUCCAACGUUUCUGCCAACAUCUGAGUUGGAGCCCGUAAAUGCCAGUCAGGCCAAUCUGGCGCCAGCGUCUACGGAGGAGUCUGAGCUUGAACCAGUGUACACUGCGGACAGCGGUGGACAUCUCAGUGGAAAUGCGGAAGAAAUAGCCAGACGUGUAUUUUCAGCACCUGUUGAAGGAGAGCCCACAACAAGUACCUCAUUGGGAAACACAAACACAGGUACUGAAGAGCUGGUUGAGAACACGUCCAAUGCAAAGACGGCUCCUGUUGUAGGAGCAGAAACAGCCACGGCACCAGCAAUCGAGACAGAGCCAACCCCCACCGUCACAGAGCCCUCGACGGCAACAAAGCACGAGGCUCCUGUCGCAGCUAGAGUAGUUCCCACUAUACCUGCGGCUACGACCGAAACAACGGUGAGCGGUCCUUCGACCUCGAAAUCGAUGAAAGACAAAGAUACAGGUAAGGUCUCCUCCUGGCUCAAAACGAAAUUCUCCCGCCGCGCCAGCAAACCCGCUAAGCCCGAGUCAACCACCGCACCCUCUGAGGGCAAAGGGAAAGGGUUCGUUGGUGGCGCAAAUCUCACUGGCCCCGAUGCUAGUAAUACCAGCUCGGAUCGCGGCGACUCCUCUAUGCGCGAAGUCGCUCUUGCGGGCAAAGAUCCUACCGCGACUACGACCGAAGCGCCCCUAGUGAGCCCAACCGCGAACGAUGACCUUUAUUCAGCGUCUACUCGUAGCCUUCACACUGGACCGACAGCUGCAGGCGCCCUUCAACGCGAAUCUCUUUCCUCAGCCUCCAUCAGCUCUCUCUCGAGUGACGAAGACACUCGCGGUCGUAGCGCCAUACCACGAGAACGAGAGCCAGUUACACAAAGUCAAUUUGUGCACGAAGAGAUCGACAAGGGUCACAUCGAUCCUGCUUUGACUCGCCAUACGAAAGAAUCGGAGAGCUCGACUGGUGGAGGCGAAGAAUUUGAGGAAGCGAGGGAUACCUUUGAUACCGAGAAGUUGAAUCCGCCGGCAGCUGGUGUUCUUGGUGGAACGGCGAGGAAGAGCGACAGUCCGGCGAGGGAUUCGAAGUUUAUGGAGGACUUGUGA